AUGGCGCAUGAAACGAGCUUUAUAAUGGGGUAUAGUGACAGCGAAGACGAUUUAUACAAUGAUAUGUUUGAUAGUGAUUGUGAAGGAAUGUCAUCAGCAGAAGAACUUGAUUUGGAAUUAGGAUUGUUUGACGAUAAUUCAAGGCAAGUUUUGAGGCGGUUUGGCAGGUUUAUUAUAAAACGUCAUGUUUAA